CCAAGAACUCAGUUUGUCCAGUGUGAAACCACACAUAGACCUUCACAAGUGCUGUAUGAUGAUGCACUCAGUUUACAUUUUACAGAUCAUAAUCACACUUCAGCUGUUAUAUUCCACAACCCGCACAUUUUCAGCGAUAUAAAAAGCCACCUUCCUCAUCUCUUAGUUUCAAACGUUGUUGUCGUCUGUCUGUGAGCAAGUGACCUUUCUGAUCUUGUCCUCUCAUCAUUGAGCUCCGGAAAAAUAAAGUUAAUAGACAAGUAUCUGUUCUUUACUAGAUUAUCUGAGGGAUUUGACUAAAUCAAGAUGCUGCUGAUCAUUGAAGCUCUUCUCAUUUUAGCUGUUUUAGGACAGGAUCACAGAGCUGCUGCAGGAAAGAUAUUUCCACUGGAUAUGGCACUGAAUUCUGUUGAUGAUCAAUAUGAGGGUUGUAAAGAGAACAUGACAGACCAGGUGAAGACAAAAUAUCUGAAGAAGGAAAUCAAUGACUGUCCUGAAUUUAGGGAUACUUGGCACGAUGGUGAAAAGAAAGCCAAGAAACCACAGGAUAAUUUGAAACAGAAUCAUUCAGUCGCCAUUUAUGUGUACACUAACAACAAUUCGCAUGUAUUUCGUAAUUUCAACAAUGCUGUUCGUAGUGAGAAACAAGAAUACAAAAAACAGACAUUCAAAUGGUAUUCACUUCACUUUCUGUUAACAGAAGCAGUACAGAUUCUGAAGAACACACGAAACAAAUGCUAUUCAACUUACCGUGGUACAACUGCUGAGUUUGAUAAGAAAGUUCUGAACACAGAGGUUCGUUUUGGUUCAUUUACAUCCUCCUCUCUUGAUCGUAAAGUAGCAAUUGAUUUUGGACCUAAAUCUUGUUUUGAAAUCGAAACUUGUGAAGGUGCUGAUGUGAUCAAAUACUCCAAGUAUCCUGACCAGAAAGAGGUACUGAUUCCUCCAUAUGAGAAAUUUACAGUUGUUGAUGUCAAGACAAAAGGUCAGGAAGGUGCCUGGUGUGACACUGUGUUUAAGUUAAAAAGCUCUGGGAAAAUAAGUUACCUGAACUGUGGUGCUGAUGCAAAACUGGUACAAGACAGGGCCAAACUUUAAAUCUUCACUCAUUGUGUCUCAUCAAGUCAAAAGUUGCUUCCUUUAUAAUGUUUGAAAGCUUCAUUAAUUCAAAAUUCAAAAUUAUUUACUUGUGUUGCUUUAACAUACAUUGAAGAAGUCAUUCAAAUAAUUUAACAGAAAGAUAAAUGUUGAUUAAUAACAUCAAAAUAUAUAUAUAUAUAUCUAUCUAUCUAUCAAGAAAUUAUGAUGCAAAUGAACCUUUGUUUAGAGCACCCUUUUGAGUCACAAUAAUUUCAUUUAUAUUUCUUUUGUUUAAUUAAGGUUACUGCAUCUUAACUUUUAUAGAGUCAGAACUGCUCAAAGUGAUACGGAGUGUCAAGCUUUAUUUGCAUGUCUUUUUCAGCAAUAUAAAAAGCCACCUUCCUCAUCUCUUAGUUUCAAACAUCAUUGUCGUCUGUCUGUAAUCAUCUUUACAAGUUUAAAGUAAAUGUUUAGAGUAAAUGAAAUGUUAUUUGUUUUCAUCUAUUUUCACAGUUUUCACAUGUAACUAUGUUGUGUAAGGGGAAAGUGAUAGGCAAAAGCUUGUUAAUAGGCAUUAUUUUAACUACAUGUUAAUAAUUAUGUACCAGCUAAAAGGGUUCCCUGUAUAGUUUUACAGCAUUAGUUGAGUUUAUUUUUCUUGAGAAAAAUUAACAUGUACUGUACCUGAUAUAUAUCCACAUAAAUUGGUAUUGAAAUCGCAAACAAAUUUGUCAAUGCUCAGCCUGUUUUGAGUUGUUUUUAAAUAUGUUUUUCUGUUCUGUUCAUGCCUGAGUUUCUUGGUUGGUUUUCCAGUUUCUUUGUUCCCUGCAUGUUUGUUUCCUAGGUUACUGAUUGAUUAGAGUAUUCUGAUCAGGUGUGUCUAGUUAGUCUCUCCCUUUGUUUGCUCGGUGUAUUUAAGCCCUCAGUUUCAGGCCUUGUCCACACGUACAUGGGUAUUUUUAUAAACUGAGUUCUUCCUGCUUUGGUUUUAAAAAAAAAAAAAAAAAAAAAAAAAAAAAAAAAAAAAUUAUGUGUCCAUAUGAAACCACAAAAACACGCUAUGAAGCGCUGUCAAGAGCAUGCCAAACCAACAGAUGGCGAUAUAACCCUAACCGUAAAGCCAUGUUGGCCAAUCAGAAGCCUGAGGUUAUUACUGGUUCUGGUUCCAAUCAAAAUCUCCGGUUUUACCGUCUACCAUCUACCAUCUUUUCUAAAAAUCUUCACCCUGGCAGGAGUUUUAAAAAAAAAAAAGGUUCAGUUUUAGUGACUGGAUACGGUGUUUGCGUGUGAACAAACAGCUAAACCACAUAGAAAAAGCUGCGGUUUUGAAAAUACCUGUGUUCGUGUGGACAGGGCCUCAGUUUAUUCCUUGUCUUGCAUUGUUGUGUAUGUGGUUUUCAUUUCUCCCAGUUAUUCUCCUGUUAGUUGUGUUGAUUAUCAGAUUAAAUUCUGUCUGAGCA